AUGGCUUCCUCUUCUGCGACUCUUGCUGGUUCUACUGCUUCUGAUCUUUUCAGGAGUUCGACUACUGGUUUCAAUGGUGUUCCUUUGAGAACCUUGGGAAGGGCAGGGUUGGUUUUGAAAAGAAGGGAUUUAACUGUUAGUGUUACUGCGAAGUUGGGAAAGUGGAAGAAGCCUGAAUUUCCAUGGUCUGGUAAACCUGAUCCCAAUGUUAAAGCUAGGGAGCCGGGACGUUUCUCAUCUUUCACACCACUCAAACAGAAGCCAAAGCCGGUUAUUUUGGAGUUUGAAAAGCCUCUUAUUGAUCUGCAAAAGAAGAUCAUUGAUGUUCGGAAGAUGGCAGAAGAAACUGGUUUGGAUUUCGGUGAUCAGAUUCUCGCAUUGGAGGCUAAGUACCAGAAGGCUUUGAAGAAUCUAUAUACACAUCUAACUCCUAUACAGCGGGUCAACAUUGCACGGCAUCCUAACAGGCCUACUUUCCUUGAUCACGUCUUUAACAUAACUGAAAAGUUUAUAGAACUCCAUGGUGAUCGUGGAGGUUAUGAUGAUCCUGCUAUUGUCACUGGUCUAGGUUCUAUAGAUGGUAGAACCUACAUGUUCGUCGGCCACCAAAAAGGUAGAAAUACUAAAGAAAAUAUAAAGCGGAACUUUGGGAUGCCAACUCCACACGGUUAUAGGAAAGCUCUGCGCUUAAUGGAAUAUGCAGAUCAUCACGGGUUCCCGAUUGUUACUUUCAUUGACACCCCUGGGGCAUAUGCUGACCUCAAAUGCGAGGAACUUGGCCAAGGUGAAGCAAUUGCUCAUAAUCUGAGAUCCAUGUUUGGUCUGAAGGUGCCAGUUAUUACCAUAAUUAUUGGGGAAGGUGGAUCUGGCGGUGCCCUUGCCAUUGGAUGUGGUAAUAAAGUACUCAUGCUUGAAAAUUCAGUGUUCUAUGUUGCCAGUCCAGAAGCAUGUGCUGCAAUCUUGUGGAAGACUGCUAAAGCUGCUCCAAAGGCUGCUAGGAAACUGAAGAUUACAGCACGUGAAUUGUGCAAAUUGCAAGUUGCAGAUGGCAUUAUACCAGAGCCGCUCGGUGGUGCACAUGUUGAUCCCAGUUGGACCUCUCAACAGAUUAAAAAUGCAAUCAAUAAAGCUAUGGAUGAGCUCACCAAGUUGAGCACAGAAGACCUAUUAAAAGACCGCAUGCUUAAGUUCCGGAAAAUCGGUGGGGUCCGGGAAGGAAUUGCUAAAGAUCCCAAAAAGAAAAUCAACAUGAAAAAGAGCGAUAUACCUGUUCCGCCAAAGAAAAUGAGGGUUUUACCUGAUCUGCCGAAGAUUUCUGAUUCUGAAAUAGAGGUUGAAAUUGAGAAACUGAAAAAAAUAAUUUCGGAAGGUAAGGACUCCUCUUCUGCGCCUUCAAAACUCAAUCUGGAUAAGACAAUAAAGAAACUGGAAAGGGAGGUUGGUCAUGAAUUUUCUGAGGCCGUUAAAGCCAUGGGCUUAACGGAAAGGUUGUCGAAACUACGGGAUGAAAUUGCAAAAGCAAGUUCAGGUAACCAACCUUCGAAUCCAUUGCUGAAGGACAAGAUAGAAAAAUUUAGCGCAAGUUUUAAGAAAGGGUUAUCAGCGGCUCCUAAUUCCCGCAAGCUUCAGAAGAAGCAGGACUUGUUGAGAGAAUUGACUAAAGUGAAGCUUUUGUUGGAUAAAAACAAGGAGGCUGCAACACUUAAGCCAGAACUGAAGAAAAAAUUUGAGGUUGUCAUCAAUAAUCCUAGACUAAAGGAAAACUAUGAGGCAUUACAGUCUGAAAUCAAGCGUGCUGGCGCAUCCUCAGGAGGCGAAUUGGAUGAUGAGCUGAAGAAGAAAGUCAUUGAGUUCAAUAAGGAGGUAGACUUGCAGCUGGUUAAUACUGUGAAGUCAGUAGGGUUAGAUGUUGAGUUUGUGAAACCAGUCGGUGGCGGAGACUUGGUCAAAGAGAUAAAAGAACUAAACAAAUAUAUCCAAAAGGAAAUUGAAACCGCAGUAAACUCGUCGACGGAUAUUAAGAAACUGAUAGAGCAAUAUAAACGGGAGGUUGCCAAGACUGGAGGGAAACCGGAUUCUGAAUCGAAGGAAAUAAUUGAUUCUUUGACUCAACAGAUUAAGAAGAGCCUUGCUGAGACUAUUAAAUCUCCUAGCCUGAAAGAGAAGUAUGAAAGCCUGAAAGAGAAGUAUGAAAGCCUGACUCGUCCGGCAGGAGAAAGUCUCACUGAUGACCAAUUGAGAGAGAAAGUUGGUGCAAAUCGCAACGUUUCGUAA